AUGAUCACGCAGGCAAAACCACGUUUAAGAAUGCAAAUGCUUAGACAAAACUUACUAAAACUACUUAACUUUGUUGCAAAGAAUUCAUCUGUGUUUUCUUGCGUCAAGUGGGCUGUCUCAAGCGGCAACUGGCCAAACAUUGAAGAACAGCUAGAGCGGGCAAACCACAAGGUAAGGCUGAGCCUGAAGGUGAAUGCAGAGUCUGUGUCAACAGCUGUACAGACAUUUAUUAAGCAAAAGAUUAGCAAGUCAGACAAUGCAAACCUCUGCAAGCAGGUGUUGGUGUCGAUCGGGCUCGUGUACCGGCUAAUCACGCUGAAGGAGCUCGUGACGCUUAUCAAACAGCUGGGAGAAAUAACUAACAACAAAGAGUUGCACGAGAUUAUUGGCCUCUGGGGCUCGUUACUCAUCCUGCGAGAAGAUACCAUAUACUUUGUACAUCAAUCAGCCAAGGACUUCCUCCUUGCUCAGGCGGCUAAAGAAGUGUUCCCAUCUAGAAGGGAGGAUGUUUAUAGCGCUAUUGUUGCUAGGUCACUCGAAAUAAUGUCUAGAACCCUGCAGUAUCCUGUCAAUGACUUUAAACAGCCAUAUUCUGAUCUAAUAGCAACGUCGCGCUACUCAUGUAUCUACUGGGUCGAUUAUUUUUGUGACUCAAAUGCUGUGUCUUUAGCGAGCCAUGCCAAAGAUCUGCUAGACAGAGGCGUUAUUGAUCUAGAAGCUCUUAGUCUUUGCAAAAGUGUGCUAAAAGGCGUAGCCUCAAUGGCGAAACUACGGUCGCUGGUUCAGGCAUGUCCGCAACAAGCAUUUUAG